AUGUCUUCUUCAGAGACUCCCAUCACCGGCCUCGUCAGAGCUCGCAACAUCAUGAGAACCGGAGCUUCUAUGCUUCGUCGGCGUAAUUCCUCUUACGUCCUCCGUCCCCUUUCUCGAACCCUCCGCCUUCCUCUAACCCGCCGCCUUCCUCCACCGCCCGUCUCCUUCCCAUCUGGAGGUGGGAGUCCCGCUCCCAGAGAAUUGGCAGAGUCGGCUGUGGCAGAGAACGCUCGAGCAGUCCGUGUUUACAGAGCUGCGGAGCUUGUCGACGCUGCUACUAUCUCAGCUGCCAUCGAGGAGAUCAUCGCUCGCGCUGUUCACGCGUUCAACUACGAAGACCCAAAGAGCCUGCCUGGAGGCCCCGAGUUCAUUGGCUUCGCUGGCGAGGUGAGUUGCUUCCUGUCCUACCGCCAAUCAAUUGCGAUUGCCCCAUCCCCCCUUCUACGUUGGAAGAAAGCAGAUACUCAUCUCGGUCUACAACAGGAGUCCCGUCUGAUCCGCAAGGAGGAGCUCGUCGAAUUCGCCGUGGCCGAUAAGACUGUCGCCUCCCAGAUCGCAACCGCGACCAUUCUCGACACCCCGAUCAUCCCCUUCCUCUGCUUCGAUCUCACCGGCAGUACCGUCCCCUUCCCCAGCUCUGCUAUCAACAUCGAAGGACCACGCAUGGAGGAUGCGGCCGCCUCCAAGAUGGCCGAGUACAGGAAGAUCCGCCCUUUCAAGUUCGGUGAGCUUCCGGUUGAACUUCGCCAGAGGAUCUACCGCCUUUGGGGCAAGGGUGGUACCCUCGCUCUCCGCCACUGCGGCCAAGCUCCUCCCCUGGUUCUCGCUCUCGCCCGGGACGAGACCCUAGGUCCAGAGGUCACAGAUUUGUACAAGAAGUUGAACUACGGGGUCACUGUGGCCAACGAGGCUGCGUUCGGCAAGAAGCCGCUCCGAGAGCUGAUGGUAUAUGAGAAUCUCCACUUGCAAUACAGUGCUGAGUAA